AUGGGUAUGAGUGCAGAUACCCUCCUGCAAAAAUACAUCCCUGGGAAAAUUAUGACUCUGGACGAGAUGAAGUCUUGCAUCAGGCAGCUAUUGAUCGCUCUGGACUUUCUGCACUCUGCUGCUCAUAUAGGCACACCGAACUUGCUUCUCCCUGUCCCAGAUACUAAGACACUCGAGGAUCUCGAAGAGCGGGAAGUCAAUGGUCCAUCACCUAGAAAGGUGCUCAAAGACAGAACGAUCUACCUAUCUACUGUCUACAACCCCGGAUGGAGUGGUCUACCCCUACUAUGUGAUUUCGGCGAAGCCCGCUUUAGUGAUGUCGAGAACAGUGACGACAUUAUGCCGAAUAUGUACAGAACGCCUGAAGUCGUUUUGAAAGAGAACUGGGACUAUAAGGUCGAUAUUUGGAACGUUGCUAUGGUGGUAAGAUACCCUCUCAAAAAAUACCCUCGCCACAUGUUCGACGGCAGAAACGCAGAUGGCAUCUUCGAUGACCGAGUGCAUCUUGCGGAGAUGAUGGCACUCAUGGGGCCCCCUCCGGCUAGUUUCCGCGAGCGGUGCAAACUGGCUUAUGUUUUCUGGGAUGAACAGGGAAGUUGGAAGGACUUGGCGCCGAUUCCGGAAAUUUCUCUGGAAAGUUUAGGUGCCGAUAUUCCAGGGGAGAAUAAAGAGGGACUCUUCCGGUGGCUUCGGAAGGCCUUGCAGUGGAAUGCAGAGGAUCGACCGACUGCGACAGAAUUCUUGUUCGAUGAGUGGUUGAUGGAGGGGCUCAUACGGCCGAAUACUGAGGAGACGAAGUCAUAA